AUGAUCACCUCCUCUGUGCGCCGAGCGGCGUUGCCAUCAUCGGCCUCUCUACCGUCUCGAGCAGUGCUCCUGGCCGUUUCCUCGAGCAAUCCUGCUCCUGGCCCUAACAGUGGGAACCCUCCGUACCGCCAUCAGCGUCGAUACUCGUCCUCCAAGCCCCCUGUGCCUCCGAGUGACGGGUCCAGAGGCAUCGAUCCGCCCACCCAGACGCCGGCAAAGAGUGUCAGCAGCGGGCCGUCAAGCAAAAAGGACGCAGAGAAGAGAGAAGGCCGAUCGUCCAAGAAGCGUGCUGGAAAGGAUGGCGAGACGGCAAAAUCGAAGCAGGCCAACUCGUUGAAAUUGCCGAGUGUACCCUCUACCCAGCACCUGCAUCCUCACGAUGUGCACGUAGCUUCGUUCUUUUCUAUCCACCGACCCAUGUCAAUAACCACUUCCGUACCUCCAAACAAUAACGACAGCAAAACCUUCUCGGCCAUCUUCUCUCCCAAGAAGCAAGCUGCCGCAAGGCAAAAGGACGUGAUAUACACCCUUUCUUCCGCCGUUAACGCCAUCGAGCAGAACCUCCCUGGUCAAAAUCAGGCAACUGCCGAGGAUAUCGACUUCAGGAACGCCAUCUCACAAGCUUCCUCCAUCCACGCGGAGUCAGAUGUCACCCAUCUCGAUGGCGUGCCCACCCAGGAACUACGAGCAUCCAUCCAAGAGUUUGCUAAGCGCCUACGACCAUUUAACCCACCUCCUGCUCCUACACCAAUGGAUGGAGCUCUCGAAAGCAUCGCAGGAACGGAAUCUGGUGUAGACAAGGCCAGCUCCACACAGUCUGCCUCUGAAGCCGAGCCCAGCGAACAGACCUUUUCCACCGUUCUGACUAUUCGUGAAAGCCGCAAUGCAGAUGGCCGCAAGUCGUACGAGGCAUAUGCUUCUCCCUUCGUCCGCAUAGAUGAUAUGGAGGCCCCCUCCGCCCAGGGUGAGUCAUCCAUCUACCAGGACCAAGAGACUAGUGACCGUUCCGUCUCCGAGCCAAAGCAAAGCUUCCUCCAGCGAAUGGUAAUUAGGCAAUUGCAGUGGGAACGGUCCCAGGGCCAACGUCAGCGUGAGCGGAUGUAUACUAUCAGUGUCAAGAGACAACGGAAGCUAAAGAUGAAGAAGCACAAGCACAAGAAGCUGCUGAAAAAGACACGGACCCUCAGAAGGAAACUGGAUAAGAACUAG